UUCAUCUAUAGAUAGAGCUUACAAUCUUCACGUGUAUCUUUUUUUCUCGGCCUGAAAUUAAACCACAAAUCAAAUCCAUAUCCCCAAACCAAAACCUGUAAACACUGCGUGAGAGAAAGAAAGAAAAAGUACUAUCUAUCAUUCCUUCAUUCAUUCACAUAUUCGCCCCCAAACUCAUCCACCCAACCUCACAAACCACGAUGGAUAGAUAUCAGAGGGUGGAGAAACCUAAAGCAGAUGGUCCUAUUAACGAGAAUGAGAUCCGCAUUACUACUCAAGGAAGGAUGAGAAACUAUAUCACUUAUGCUACCACACUCUUUCAAGAGAAGGGAACUGAUGAAAUCGUUCUGAAAGCAAUGGGACGUGCGAUAAAUAAGACGGUAACGAUUACUGAGCUAAUAAAGAGAAGGAUUGUUGGUCUGCAUCAGAACACUGUAAUUGGAUCGACUGAUAUUACUGACACAUGGGAACCACUUGAAGAAGGCCUUCUUCCUUUGGAAACUACUAGACAUGUUUCAAUGAUCACAAUUACGUUGUCCAAGAAAGAACUGGAUACAUCCUCUACAGGAUAUCAACCUCCUCUUCCAGCUGAUCAAGUAAAACCUUUAAAUGAAUAUGAAGAGGAUGGAGAAGGCUCACCAAGGAUGCGAGGAAGGGGACGUGGUCGUGGAAGGGGCAGGGGUAGAGGUAGAGGAAUGUACAAUAAUGGUGGUAUGGAAUAUGGUGGUGAUGGUUGGGAUGGUGGACGUGGUUAUGGUGGCAGAGGGCGUGGCCGUGCAUGGGGUCGUGCUUUCCGCGGACGAGGACGCGGCUAUGGUGCCCAGCCGGCUGGUUAUUAUGACAAUGGUGAAUAUGAUGCACCACCUCCUGCCCCACGUGGCCAAGGUCGUGGAAGGGGAAGAGGCCGUGGACGUGGUCGAGAUGCUGGCCGUGGAGCAGCUGCUUAGUUAGAAGAGGGUGCCUUUCUGCUUAGUUAUUUGGUAUUAUUUGAGUCGUUCAGUGUUGCGGCCAUGUUCCUGCAGUUUUGGUUUUGUAGUUCUUUCCCUUGUAACAUCUAUAAUUUUAAGUUGGAGAGGUUGAGUUAGAUAUAUUUCUUUUGUUUAGACUUUGAAAAAAGAGUCGAAUUUGUUAAUUUUCUUAUAUAGAAAUAGAAAUGAUUGCAUCAAAA